AUGGGGCAGGACCAGACGAAGCAACAAAUUGAGAAGGGACUGCAUCUGUACCAGUGCAACCAGACAGAGAAGGCACUGCGGGUGUGGACCAAAGUGCUGGAGAAGAGCUCUGACCUGGUGGGCCGCUUCCGCGUGCUGGGCUGUCUGGUCACAGCCCACUCCGAGAUGGGCCGCUACAAAGAAAUGCUGAAGUUUGCAGUGGUCCAGAUCGACACCGCUCGGGAGCUGGAAGAUGCCGACUUCCUCCUGGAGGGUUACCUGAACCUGGCCCGCAGCAACGAAAAGCUGUGUGAGUUCCACAAGACCAUCUCCUACUGCAAGACCUGUCUCGGCCUGCCUGGCACCAGGGCAGGCACCCAGCUCAGGGGCCAGGUCAGCCUGAGCAUGGGCAAUGCUUUCCUGGGCCUCAGCCUCUUCCAGAAAGCUCUAGAGAGCUUUGAGAAGGCUCUGCGCUACGCCCACAAUAAUGACGAUACCAUGCUGGAGUGCCGGGUCUGCUGCAGCCUGGGCAGCUUCUAUGCCCAGGUCAAGGACUAUGAGAAGGCCCUGUUCUUCCCCUGCAAGGCUGCAGAGCUCGUCAGUGACUAUGGCAAAGGCUGGAGCCUCAAGUACCGGGCCAUGAGCCAGUACCACAUGGCUGUGGCCUACCGCCUGCUGGGCCACCUGGGCAGCGCCAUGGAGUGUUGUGAGGAGUCCAUGAAGAUUGCUCUGCAACACGGAGACAGACCUCUGCAGGCGCUCUGCCUGCUUUGCUUUGCUGACAUCCACCGGAGCCGUGGGGACCUGGAGACAGCCUUCCCUAGGUACGACUCUGCCAUGAGCAUCAUGACUGAAAUCGGAAACCGCCUGGGGCAGGUGCAUGUGCUGUUGGGUGUGGCCAAGUGCUGGAUGGCCAGGAAGGCGCUGGACAAGGCUCUAGACACCAUUGAGAGAGCCCAGGACCUGGCUGAGGAGGUGGGGAACAAGCUGAGCCAGCUCAAGCUGCACUGCCUGAGUGAGGGCGUCUGCCGCAGCAAGGGGCUGCAGCGGGAGCUACGCGCGCACGUCGUCCGCUUCCAUGAGUGCGUGGAGGAGACAGAGCUCUAUUGUGGCCUGUGUGGCGAGUCCAUAGGGGAGAAAAACAGCCGCCUUCAGGCUCUGCCGUGCUCCCACAUUUUUCACCUCAGGUGCUUGCAGAACAAUGGCACCCGGAGCUGCCCCAACUGCCGUCGCUCCUCCAUGAAGCCAGGCUUCGUGUGACUACAGCAACCAUCCUGGGCUUCUACAUACCUCCCUUUCCUCCUGCUCCACCAUCAGGUCAGAGGCUCCGU